CUGUGCCUGCCCCCUUGUGUUUUUGUGCAGAAUAAGUCAAAGCAGCUCCUGUUUUCAGCUCUCCGGAAUCAGUCAAAAUGCCGGUAGAUUUAAGCCAGUGGACAGGGAAUCUUGCCCUAACAGAGGUGGAUGAGAAGCCUGCACAGACCCUCCAUGUCAAGUAUGGCUCUCUUGAAAUCGACGAGUUGGGCAAAGUGCUCACGCCAACACAGGUGCAGAGCCGUCCCACCUCUAUCGAGUGGGAGGGGUGUGACUCCACAAAGCUGUACACCCUGGUCAUGACCGACCCCGACGCACCCAGCAGGAAAGACCCCAUAUUUGGGGAGUGGCAUCACUUUCUGGUGGUGAACAUGAAGGGAAACGAUGUAUCCAGUGGAUGUGUAAUGUCCGACUACGUUGGGUCUGGCCCUCCCAAAGGCACUGGUCUCCACAGGUAUGUGUGGCUGGUCUAUGAGCAGUCAGGAAACCUCUCCUGUACGGAGCCCGUCCUCACCAACUGCUGUGGAGACAACCGCGGCAAGUUCAAGAUCCAAGAUUUCCGCCAGAAAUACGGACUGGGAGUUCCUCUGGCUGGAACCUGCUACCAGGCAGAAUGGGAUAAUUAUGUCCCGAAACUCUAUGAGCAACUGGCUGGAAAAUAAACAAAGGAUUAUUCAGAAAUUAACAUUAUGUAGAUAACUGCAGGAACCACAAUGCCUUUUUUUUUGCCACACUGAUUUAUUUUACAAUUGUAUUAUGUGAGCAGUGCCCUAGAGUUGUUCAUGCUGACUCAUUAAAAAGUAAUCUCUCUA